AAUAAAUAAUUUGAAAAAAAUUUUAAUUAAAAUAAGUUUUUAAAUAGGUAGAAGAUUAGUUAGUUAAUUAGAUUUGAAAUUAAAUAAAAUGAAUUCCAACAAAAAGAUCUUUUUACUAGUUUUGCAAUUCCUUGCUUUACUUAUAUCAACCAUGUAUGUUUAUCAAAAUGGUUUUUUUAUCAUAAAAGAGACUCUCCCGGAUAUUUCAUCAACUUCUGAAUUUAUAAAGCCAUAGGCAAACAAAGUUAUUUUAGUAAUUAUUGAUGCGCUUAGAUUCGAUUUUACUCAAAAAUUUGAAGAAAAUGAUGAUGGAACUCCCUUAGAACACUUUAAAAAUAAGCUGACAAUAAUUUAAGAAAUGAUGGAGAAGUAACCUAACAAUACCAUUCAUUUAUAAGGUUAUAGUGAUCCUCCUACAGCAACAACUUAAAGAAUUAAGGGAAUAACUAUUGGCAAUCUUCCAUCAUUUAUUGAAAUUGCAGCUACAUUCACUUUUUCACAGAGAGAAGAGGACAAUUUAUUACUGCAAAUGCAAAGACAUAAUUUAGAAAUAGUUCAUUUAGGAGAUGAUGUUUGGACAGGUUUGUUUUCUAAGCAAUUCACUAGAGAUUUUUAUGCUGAUAGCUUAGAUAUAUUUGAUUUCCAUACUACUGACAACGUUGUGAUUGAUCAUUUAGAAGAAGAACUUAAAUAGCCAAACUUGAAAUUUUUGAUAGCUCAUUUCAAUGGAGUUGAUCAUGUUGGCCAUGCAUUAAAUAGCAAUCAUGAGCAAAUGUCUAAAAAAUUGACACAAAUGGAUUAAUAAUUAAGAUUGAUAAUUAAAUAAAUGAAUGAUGAUGAUGUUCUUAUAUUAAUGGGAGAUCAUGGUAUGUCUGAAUCUGGUCAUCAUGGAGGAAGUACAUUUGAAGAAACAUCUGUUGGUAUUUUUGCAUAUUCAAAAUAAGGAUUUAAGAAAGAGCCUAGAAUUAACAACUUUGAUCCUACUUACAAGAAACUCACUAAUUAAAUUGACAUCCCUUCCACAAUCUCUAUGCUAUUUGGAAUCCCAAUACCAUAUAACAAUAUUGGGUUAAUCAUAAAUGACUUCUAUCCUGCAAACACUCCACUCGAAUAAAUUUUCAAAGAUUAUCACUACAAUUUAAACUAAGUCUACAAGAAUAUCUAAAAAGUUUAAUCUCUAUCAAAAAAAAUGACAGAUAACUAAUACUUAUUCAUUUAGACUAGUUUGGAUGAUUUAGAAGAGGAAUUUAAAAAGAUAAAUAAUUAGUAAAAUAUUGAGUUGAAGGAAGAAAUGAUGAUUAGUUACAUCAACAAAGUAAAGAAAUGCUAAGUUUAAAUAAAAGAAAUUUGCAGAAAAGCUUGGAAUCAAAUGAAUAUUCCAUAAAUACUGAUAGGAAACAUCAAUUUUAUUUUAAUCAGCUUGUUAUGCUUAGUUUUAGCAAUCUAUUUUAUGAUCUUGAGCAAUCACUAUGACAAAUCUAUUUAUUGCUAAAGUAGAAUAUUAACAAUGUCUAAUAUAUUGUAUUUUUGCUUCUUUCUACUAUCUAUAGUUGGAAUCUCAAUUUUAUUUGAAAUAACUCUUGGAUUUACUAUAGGAUUACUGCUUAUUCCUACCUUGGUUUAUUAUAUAUGUUAUAUAGGAAAAGAUAUUGCCCAUAUCACAUUUUUGAUUAAGAAAAAAGAAGAAAGUUUAAUUCUAUCUUUUCCUGUUAGCAUUAUCAAUAGAAGAUUAAUUACUUUCUUUUUGUAUUUUGGAUUUCAAGCUUACUCUAUGAACUCUCUUCACGCCCAUCGUACUGAAGAUAUGAUGAUUUGGUAUGGGUUGGCUAUAGGUACAAUGAUUGAUUGCUUCUUUUUAUUCAAGGAUGGAUAAUUUAAAAAUAUAAAAAUGCAAUUAUAAUUACUUUCUAUACCAAUAAUACUUUACUUAGCCCAAUAUUUUGAUGUUACAUAAUCAAUAAGAUAUACUCAAGAACAAGUCAGAUUUGAGCUAAUUUCUAAAUUUAUGAAAUUUUUUACUGAGUCUCACAUAUGUAUACCUUCGAUCAUGUUUUUCUUUUAUUUGAAUAAGAAAAAAGCAUUUUAAGGAAUUAGUAAAAGCCUUUUUUUGGCUAAUUUCCUUGUUGUUACUAUAUACUUUGUGAUUUUAGAAUAAAAUGAAAAUUCGACAGUCAAUAUAAUGAAUGUUUAUGUUGCAAGAAUAUCUUACUUAAUUAUGUUUGUUAAUGCUUACUUGAUUUUUAAAAAUAAAAGCUCAUAUCUCCCUAAUAAGUAUAUUCUAGCCCAUAUUAUUAACCUUAAUGUGACCUUGCUAAUGCUUAUCAAUAAGCAUUCUUUUUACCUUUGUUUGAUAUUCCAUUACGUAUUUGAUACUUAUCACUCAUAUUCAAUAUCUUAAAAUAGAGGCUCAGAUUUGACUACAUAUGCAUUUUUGUUAGCACUUGUAUAGUACUUCUACUUGAUAUCAGGACACAAAGCAGAAAUUACUUCUCUGUAAGUAUAAAGUGCUUAUGUUGGUUUCGAAAAAUAUAAUCUUUUAAUUAGUGGAUAUUUGUUAACAAUAAACUAAUUCAGUUUCUAAAUUCUAGGUUUCUUUUUCAGUUAGCAUAUAUAAAAUACAUCUUUUGCUGACUAAACACAAGCUAUUAUAGAUGGUCAAAAAAAACGUUUAUAGUAAGAAUAUAAAUAUCUACCUCUAAACAGGCAUGAUUCUCCUUUUAGAAAAGAAAGUUAGUUAAUUAAGUAGAUGAGUGGUUACCAGUGCUUUAUGCUUUAUAUAAUUGUAAUGAUGACAUCUACAUCUAUCAACUGUACUUACAAUCAUGAUUCACUAUUUUUACCCACUGAGUUCGGACCUCGCUUUUUGUUUGAUUUAACUUAGGUUUUCCAUGCUAUUUUGCAUAUCUUGAUAAUAUUAGUUUCUAUUAAUUUCUUUUGAUUUAUUAGUCAGAAGUUGAUAAAAAUUUGUGAAUUUUAAACAAACAAAUAAUUUACUAAAUAUGCAUAAUUAAUUUAGUAACUUAAAUACAUAAAUAAAUUAUUUAACUAAAAAUA